AUGAACCCGACAAAAUUCACAAAAAUUGAAUCAUAUGUACAAUUUUUGUUGAACAAAUUAAAAAGUUCUUCAACAAAAGAAGCUUUUGUUGAAGAACUUAGAUAUAAUAAUGACAAUUUCUUAGAAAUCGGUCUACCUCCUAAUAAUGAAAAUUUAAAAGAUAAUUUUGAAAUUACCUCAGAGGUAAAUUUGUUAAAAAUGGAGGAAUCUUCUUUCGAACGAAGUAAGGAAGAAAUAAUAAAAGCGUUGGUCGCUCAAUUAAUAUCAAUUUAUGACAAUGUUCUUCAGGAAUAUGUCGAAGCAGAGAUUAAUAGACGAAAUGGAUUUCGUAAUUAUUUGAAUUUUUUAAAGAUUUAUAAAAAAAUCAAAAUAUUUUGUAACAUAUACAAAAUCAGAUUGAAAAGUCAAACAAUAAAAAAUCAAACAAAUACCAAAAUUGUCGAUUAUAGCGAACAAAAAAUUAAAUUAACAACUCUCACCAUCACUCUCAGAGCAGCAAAAAGAAUUGAUAGGCUAUUAAAUCUUUCCAAUAAAAAUUUUCUCAUUGUUGACAUAUUUCCUAAUUUAGAUGUAGCUUUUUUUAAAUCGUCGCCAAUUAAUGUCUCUGCAUAUGAAUGUUGGCUGAAGAUCAUAGAAACGGGGGAAAUAAUUUCAGAGAAGCAAGGAUACGAAAUCUAUCAACAAAAAAAGAAGGAGAAGAAUUCAUUAAGAGAAAAUAUUCUUAAACAAGUGUAUGAAUCGGCGGGAUAUGAAUUGGCGGAAUAUUAUUACAUUGAUGAAGAAUCACCAAGAUACUAUCCUGAUAACGACAAUCCUGAUAAUGAAGAAUCACCAAGAUAUUAUCCCGAUAACGAAGAAUCUAUUCUUCCUAUGGAUGAAUCUUAA